AUGCUACAGUACUUUCGGUGUAACAAGGGCGAUUGCAUCUCGGGGGAUCCAGGCGUCCUCGCCACUCGCUUGGUGGAAACAGUUGUUCGUUUGGUCGUCACCAAAGACCAUCUGAUAGGCUGCAUCGAAGGACUAGAAUGUAUCGUUUACGAAGCCACCUUCCAAUCCAACGCCGGCAACCUUCGGCGAGCUUGGAUCGCCUUCAGAAGAGCCAUGGUGUUUGCGCAGCUGAUGAGACUGGAUACUUCAAGCCCUCCGCCUGUCAAGUAUCUGGAGAGUAAGCACAGGCCUGAUGCUUGGCCUACCUCAUGGGGGCCAAAAGAUGAGCGUGGAGAACUCCAGUCCUGGGACCAGUACCGCGACCUUCAGAACGUUGCGGCAUCAGUUCCUGACAAGUACUGGCUCGCACCCAGUUUUACUGGUCUCCAACCAAAUGCAAGAGAGACUUUUGAGGAACUAAUGCGGCUUCGAAGUCAGAUCUACCAGUACAACCUGCUUCACCUCCUCCAUCUGCCUUUCCUCAUACGCUGCGCCACAGGAUCUGAUUUCCACAUGUACGCCAAGAUCACCUGCAUCAACGCGGCCAGAGAGAUUCUCACAAGAUUCGUCGCAUUCCACAACUUCCGGCCAAUCUCCACCCAAUCGUGCCAUACAGCCGACUUCUUUGCGCUAAUGGCGGGCAUGACAAUACUGAUCGCGCACAUAGACAGCAGACGCUGGACAGAUCAAAGUUUUCUAGUUCACCAGCGACCCGGUGAUCGCGCGAUGGUAGAGCAACUUGUCGAAAAACUGGCACUCGUCGAGACCCAGACGAAGGAUCCUCUCACAGGCAAGAGCGCUGAGCAACUUCGCAACUUGCUGCUGAUUGAGAGCGACGCCGCGCGUGGAUUCAGUCACAGCAGUGAGAGCACGGUUAAUCGGCUUGAAGAGGGCUGCGGCGAACAGUUUCAGCUCUCGAUUCCAUAUUUUGGGAUCAUCAAGAUCGGUGCGAACGGCAUCACGAAGCAAUGGCCGAGUUCUCAAACUUCUACUGCAGCAAUGCUUGAUGUGCCCUCUUCUUUGAACCCAAUGGGUGUCGAUGACAACUUUGCUUCCUUCGGUCGGGAUAUUAAUGGCGAUCCGUCAUCCAACCUGCUGGUACCAGAGCCUGGCACGCAGCACCCUCAGUCGAUACAGCCACCAUUAGCACUUUCUGAUGAUAUUUUCGACACGUCGCAAUAUUAUCCAGGGUGGGCUGCCGGAACGGACGAUUGGGCGCUUCAAGGUGUAGACGCAGCAUUUUUUGAGUCACUGAUGGGAGGAGUCGGAAGUUGGGAUGAUACACUACUGGGGAAUAGUUAG